AUGAACCGAAAUAGAAAGAAGCAUGGGGUGAUAUUGUUAAUAUGGUGGUGGUUGACGGGUGUGGUUUUGGCAGACCCACAGAUCAAUCUCUUAAAUAAGGCUUGCAGCCAAUACAACGUGUCCAGCGAGUCGUCCUUCUAUACUAACCUAAACGCCACCUUCUCAAACCUCAGAGCACAGCUGACCAACAACCCCAACACCAGAUUCGCAACUCCACAGGAUUCCGCCCAUGCCUUGCCAGCCUUGGUGCAAUGCCGGGACUACCUCUCUAGUGCUGACUGUCUCGCUUGUUUCACCGCCGCCGUUUCUCAAAUCCGCAACUGCUCCGCCGCCAACGGUGCCCGCGUCAUCUACGAUGGCUGCUUCCUCAGGUACGAGAGCAGCAGCUUCUAUGACCAGACCACUCAGCCUGGUGGUGAAGGGCUUUGUGCAAAUCAGACCACAUCGCAGCCUACUGCUUUUACUGAUGCUUUUAGCGCUGCGGUGAAAGAACUGUUAGUAGAUCUCCAAGUUGCUACGCCAAGGAUUAAUGGUUUCUUUGCAGCGAGCAAGAAGGAAGUGGUCGGUGGUGUUGGUAAUGCAACAGUUGUGUAUGCUGUGGCACAGUGUGUCGAAACAGUUAGUGAAAUAGGUUGUCAGGAUUGCUUGACAGUGGCGUCUACCAAUGCAGAACGAUGUCUUCCUGGUGCGGUUGCUCGGGCAGUUGAUGCUGGGUGUUUUCUGAGGUACUCAGACACACCCUUCUUUGCUGAUAACCAAACUACUAAUAUUCUGCCCUUUUUAGGAAAUGGAAGUUCAAGCAACAAGACAGCCAUUGUAGGAGGAGUAGUUGGGGGUGUCGUAGGUGCUAUUAUCAUUAUAGCUUUGUUUGUCUGGUUUAUAAUACUAAGAAGGAGCAAGCCAGUCAAUAGAGGUGACAUACUAGGGGCAACUAAGCUGCGAGGCCCAAUUAAUUACAAGUAUAAAGAUUUGAAAUCUGCAACAAAAAAUUUCAGUGAAGAAAACAAACUCGGAGAAGGAGGUUUUGGUGAUGUAUAUAAGGGUACUCUGAAAAAUGGGAAGAUAGUUGCUGUGAAGAAACUAGCAAUAGGCCAAUCCUCAAGAGCAAAGGCAGAUUUCGAGAGUGAAGUGAAGCUUAUAAGUAAUGUUCAUCAUCGGAACAUGAUCCGUCUUCUUGGGUGUUGCACCAAAGGACCAGAACUACUUCUUGUCUAUGAAUACAUGGCAAACAGCAGCCUCGAUAGAUUCUUGUUUGGUAAAAGACGAGGGUCUCUCAACUGGAAACAAAGAAAUGAUAUAAUCAUGGGCACAGCUAGGGGCCUUGCUUAUCUACACGAGGAAUUUCAUGUAUGUAUCAUACAUAGAGAUAUCAAAACCGGAAACAUUCUUCUAGAUGAU